AUGCCCAGUCAUGGCCCGACACCCACGGUGUCGACAACGACACCGAGGCUUCCACGUCCAACCAAGCCCUGUAGGCGCGCCGCCCCCUCGACCCUCCUCGCAUCCCAACUGCAAUUAGAAGGUCGGCGCAGGGCUGCACUGUGGCACGACAUUCGCAUCAAAACCCUUCAAACGGAGUUCACCACGGUCCACCUCAAGUUUCCGUCUUCCUCGUUCCCCACAACACGGGGCCCUCCAUCAGCACCACACUACCUUCUGAAUCAACCCCUCAAAACAGCACUAUCCAAGUAUGUACGGCGAACUCAAUGCUCCCUCCCUACACUCGUGGAGCUACUUCGGGGUCAAACCCAAUCUGACUAUCGACCCAACAAGAACAUGCUACCGGGCAUAAUCAGCAAGGCGUGCAGCGACUACCCUCACGUGAAGCCCCUCCUUGCCGUGGCCCGCGAAGGCGUACGGGUCUCGCUAACCACACCCCUCCCCCACCAGACAACACCCCCUCGGAACCAUCCUUCCGCUCGUGACCGUAUCAACGUCCUACGCAAAAACAUUCGUAAGGAACAGGACCUCGGACGCUGCAUCGUCCUAGAUCUGGACAUACUCGCCCUCUGGCCGGAGGUGUACCCAAGUCCUUUUGGCAUUGUCGAUAAAGGCGAUGACGACCCAAACAUCUCCGGCCGCACCAUACACGACCUCUCGUUCCCGGAGGGUUCCUCAAUUAAUGAUCACACUGAUCGGGCCACGGCCCCCAUCGCGGAGUAUGAGCACUGUGAUGCGAUCGCCAAAGAAAUCCUACAUCAAACGUCUCGCUUCCCAGGACAUGACAUCAGAAUCUCCCUUGGGGAAGUUGCAGCGCAUUCCGAAAUCUUGGCGUUCACAGCAAAUGCGCUCAUCUCUUUGCUGGCACCAUUCCCGAAGAGAAUGCUCUAG